CGCAGAUAUGUGUUGACAUACACAUUCGCAUUCACAUCGAAGGGGAUACAUAUUUCAUCGGCUUUUUUUUUGUUUUAAAUAGUUCGUACAUUACUAAAUUUUCGUGUUAAUUAAAAGGAAUUUAUAUCAAGAAAAAGCUACUGUAUCAAAAUGGGAUAUGACGAUCGUGAUCGUGAACGUGACAGGCGUCGUCAUCGCUCCCGCUCCCGUGACAGGCAUCGCGAUCGGUCCAGGGAUCGCCGCCAUCAUCGCAACUCACGGCGCAAGCCAUCAUUGUAUUGGGAUGUGCCGCCGCCGGGCUUCGAGCACAUCACACCGAUGCAGUACAAAGCGAUGCAGGCAUCGGGACAAAUCCCGGCCAGCGUUGUCCCCGAUACGCCGCAAACAGCCGUGCCCGUUGUGGGAUCAACGAUCACUCGACAGGCCCGACGCUUAUAUGUGGGCAACAUUCCGUUCGGUGUCACCGAGGAGGAAAUGAUGGAGUUUUUCAAUCAACAAAUGCAUUUAGUUGGUUUAGCACAAGCCGCCGGCAGCCCCGUCCUGGCAUGUCAAAUCAAUUUGGACAAGAAUUUCGCUUUCCUCGAGUUCCGUUCGAUUGAUGAGACCACCCAGGCAAUGGCCUUCGAUGGCAUCAAUUUGAAAGGACAAGACCUCAAAAUUAGGCGCCCACAUGAUUACCAACCCAUGCCCGGCAUCACAGAUACGCCCGCUGUAAAGCCAGCUGUUGCAGUGUCCAGCGGAGUCAUCUCAACCGUGGUGCCCGAUUCGCCACACAAAAUAUUUAUUGGAGGUCUGCCCAAUUAUCUAAAUGACGAGCAGGUGAAAGAGUUGUUGCUAUCGUUUGGCAAGUUGAGGGCAUUCAAUCUGGUUAAGGAUGCUGCCACUGGGUUGAGCAAAGGCUACGCCUUUUGUGAGUACGUGGAUCUAAGCAUUACGGAUCAGUCAAUUGCUGGCUUAAAUGGCAUGCAGCUGGGCGACAAGAAGUUGAUUGUGCAGCGUGCCAGCGUUGGCGCCAAGAAUGCUCAGAAUGCGGCAAAUACCAGUCAAUCGGUGAUGCUCCAGGUGCCAGGACUGUCGACAGUGGUCACAUCGGGACCGCCCACCGAGGUGUUGUGUCUGCUCAAUAUGGUGACACCGGACGAGCUGCGCGACGAGGAGGAGUACGAGGAUAUAUUGGAGGACAUUAAGGAGGAGUGCACGAAAUACGGUGUCGUACGCAGCGUUGAGAUACCGCGACCCAUCGAGGGCGUCGAGGUGCCAGGAUGCGGCAAAGUGUUUGUCGAAUUUAACUCCGUGCUCGAUUGCCAAAAGGCACAGCAGGCGCUCACUGGUCGCAAGUUCAGCGAUCGCGUUGUUGUUACAUCAUAUUUCGAUCCUGACAAAUACCAUAGACGCGAAUUUUAGAUCAAGUUUCUACGUAUUUCACACAUUUACCACUUUGUCCAAUAUACAUAUAAAUAUAUUAAAACAAACAACAAAAUAAAAAAAAUAAAUGCAAAACGAAAACAAAAAAUUAUCAAGUAAAGAAAUGCGAAGUAUAUGAUGAAAACAACAAAAAAUAUAAAACAAAA